UGGAGUUAGACUGCAAGCAACUAGGAAGUAUUGUCAUUCGCCUCACAAAACUUGUUACAUUCAUUACUACCUGUACAAAUUUGUUCAAUUCUCUCCGAGGGUUUUAAACAAGGAACAAUAAAUUUAGAUUACUUUUUAGGAAGUACUUUCGGAGUCAAUUCUAAUGUUCUCGCAGUACAAGCAAAGUUAAACUGUCCUGAUUACAAGGUUGGUGCCUUGUUCAUUGUAUGGAAGGUCAAUGAGCAGGGGCUUCUCUUCUUGUCUAUACGCCCCACCAGACAUUGCCUUAUCAAUAUGGCAUCCAUACAGAAAAUAAAGUGGAGGCGCUACUUCCUUGUCUUGAUCACUGUCAUGAUGCUGGUGGAAUGCAACGAUGGGAGUAAGGAUGGACAGCUUUCAUCCUACCUCGGAGCUAGUUUUUAAGAUGAGUCAGGCAUGGCGCUCAACCAGAUGGUGGUCAGCAAAGAAAGUGGAACAGACUUCGUUUACAUUGGAGGAGUCUCAACACUUUAUCAGCUUUACUUGAAUUUGACCCUACUGCAGCAGGAGAGCACAGUUCCAGAUGAUCCAACAGAAUGUGAGGACCCAGCAUGCCUGUAUGAUACCAAGAUCUUGGAGGUAGCGCCGGCACCUGUUAGUAAGCUCGUUCAGUGCGGCGGACCAGAAGGCAAAUGCGAACUUAGGAAUUUGAUGGAUAUUUCAAGAGAAUUUGGUUACACCCGCAACGUCGUAGUAUCUGUAAAUGAAGAUAUGUCUGCAGGAGUUGUCGCAGUUCGAAAGUCUGGAGACCGUCCGGUAAUCAUGUUUGUUGCCCAAUCCCAACCCCGAGCCGAUAGCAGUGAGCGACCAAUCACUCAAAGAGAACUGAUACGCUCAGAUAAUCCAGAUUACAUAUUUGAAUAUACAGGAGAAAUAUAUGGUGUCUCUGAUCCAGUUAAUUAUAUUCAAGGAGUUUCCUGGGAGACUUAUAACUAUUUCAUUGUACAUAGUGGUUCAGAAAAGUCAAGACUAGGUAGAAUCUGUUCAGACAAUACUCAAGUUGAACUUGAUGCAUACUCUGAAAUCACAUUGUCGUGCCAGCCCGGGUCGUAUAGCACUCUUCAAGCAGUCUAUAUUGAUUCAAAUGAUGUACUGUAUGGUGUCUUCACAAAUGGAACACAUUCGGCCUUGUGUUCAUACACAAUGUAUGACAUUCAGGAUAAGUUUGUUGAUGCUACUUGUGGCUGUGUUAUUAGUUCAGAUGCAAGCUGUAGUGGAACAGGGAUAUCAUACCUGAGCACAAGCUCUUCCUGCCGUAAAUCAAACCCCGGCACAACUAGAGAACAAAUUGAGGAAAAUCUUCAGUGUGACAGCAGUUAUGGCAGUUCCAGUUACAAAUAUGCACAGGCUACAAGUCCCCUCAUUGGAAUCCCUCUUGCAGCAGAUCUUCCUGGACUACAUUCCUCUAUCGUCACCCUUAAUAAAGGAAAUGAAAUUGUUGCCUUGGUUACCACCUCAACAACAUCAACUGCUACUCUCAGCAAGAUUCAUGUACAGCCUGACAAUACUGGGAGACUUUACGAAACGGUCAAUUUUGAUGUUGGUGGGCACAUCUUGCAUGAUGUACAUAUCAACCAGGAUAGCGAGGAGCUGUAUAUUCUGACUACCAAGGAGCUUAUGAAACUGGCUGUUGUCAAUUGUAGUCAGUAUUCAAGCUGUGAUGAGUGUCUCAGACCAACCACUGAUGACGGAGAUCCUUUCUGUGGCUGGUGUACAUUGGAAAGAAAGUGUAGUAAAUCCAACGAAUGUUCGAAUUUUACCUGGCUUCAGUAUAACCAGGACUGCAUUUCCAUUAACAACUUGGAUCCUCCUUUCCAGGAAUUAGACAGCGCUCCUCUGAUGGUUUCAUUCAGUGUAUCUCCACUCACAUCCCUUCAAUCUGACUCCGAAUACACCUGUCGGUUUAAUGAUGUUGUUACCGAUACUACUAUGAAUGGAAGGAACUUUACUUGCAUGACACCUGCAGUUGAUGUAAGGCCAGUCAUACCAGAUGGUGAAAAUUCUGUUACCAUGAUGCUUGGUAUACAUUCUAGUGCAACAGAUAAUAUCAUCGUGGUGCAAGAUUUUGACUUCUUCAUGUGCUCUGCAAUAAACAGUUGUUCAGAAUGUGUAGAAAGUGGUUGGGGUUGUGACUGGUGUAUCCAUGACGGCACAUGUACCUUGAAUGGGUUAAGUAGCUGUUACCGCUCCUACCGAUGGAACCUUUAGCGUAAGUGAAA